AUGGACCGCAAGGACAAGUCCCGCAAGUCCUCCUCGGCAGCGUCCAUGGCCGCGCUCGCCGCCGCAGCUGCGGCCGGCGACGUGGCCCGAGCCGACGGGAUGUCUGGCGAGGAGGACCAGAAGCUGAAGCUCGUGAACGUUCCUGUGGUUUCCGUCGGCGGCUCGAGCUCCUCUGCCGCGGCGGUGGCGGUGAGGAGGGGCAGUGGUGCUGCUGGCGCCGUGGCGACGGGCGCGGCUGGGGCAGGCGGGCCGAGCUGCCAGGCUGAGAGGUGCGGCGCCGACCUCAGCGAGGCGAAGCGGUACCACCGCAGGCACAAGGUGUGCGAGGCGCACGCCAAGGCUGCUGUUGUGGUCGUCGCCGGCCUCCGCCAGCGCUUCUGCCAGCAAUGCAGCCGGUUCCACGAGCUUCUGGAGUUCGACGACCAGAAGCGCAGCUGCCGCCGGCGCCUGGCCGGGCACAACGAGCGGCGGAGGAAGAGCUCGGCGGAGGCCAACGGCGGCGACGGGUGCCGCCACGCCGACCAGGACGGGCGUACCCACCCGGGGAACCCGCCGCUGAACCAUUUCCAGAUCAGAUAA